CACACACACACACACACACACACACACACACACACGCACACACACACGCCCACGCAGCACACACGAAGCUCACACGAGAGUCAUACGAGCGAACCCACGCGUGGCGGCGGACGACGACGAUGCCGAUGAUGUUCUCGCUUCUUCUUCUACUCUGCAUACACUGUCCUGCCAGUAUGUCAGUGACCGUGAGCUCGUCCAAAACCAAAGUGGAGGUCCACGAACACACAGAUGCCGUCCUGUCCUGCGACUUCCGCACCGAGAAGGACCAGAACCCUCGAAUCGAGUGGAAGAAAAAGGAAAAAGCUGUGACCUUUGUCUACUUUAAUAACAAAUUCAUCGGCUCGUACGCAGGCCGGGCCGAGAUGGAGGGCGCCACUCUGACCAUCCACUCUGUCACGCAGAAAGAUUCUGGGGAGUAUCGCUGCGAGGUGACCGCCAGCGACGACCACGUCAACUUCGGUGAGGCCACGGUGACCCUCGAUGUACAUGUGCACCCCCACAUCCCCUCCUGCGAGGUGCCCCCCUCGGUCUUCGUGGGCUCCGACCUGGAGCUCCUCUGCAAAGACAAACAGAGCGCGCCCCCGGCGACGUACAGCUGGUACAAAGACAACAGGGCCCUGAAGGUCUCGUCCGACGCACCUUACAGCGUGGACACGCGCAGGGGGACGCUGAAGCUCACAAGCGUUUCCAAAGUGGACUCCGGCAUGUAUCGCUGCGAGUCCUCCAACAGCGUGGGGGCGCCCAAGAGCUGCGUGGCGCAACAACUAAAUGUCAUUGAGCAUCCGGUGGAUAUCACCAUUUUGAUCGCCGUCGCUUCGGGUUUUGUGAUCGUCACGCUCCUCUGCCUCAUCUCCGUGUGCGUCUGCCGCCGUCGAGGAUGCUGCGAGAAAGAGAAGAAAACCCAAAGCCCCAAGUCGUACAGCCCUCCUCCACCUCCGCCCAUCCACAACAUCAAAACCUACAAACCGACUCAGUCCUUCAUGAUCUGAUCGGCGUCAGGACGUCAACGCGCUUCCGAACGUCGCCGUUCGUCGACCGACCGAUGCGCCGGACCGUGUAGCCCACGCUGGUAUUUUCUAAACGACCAAAAAAACGGAUAGCAGACUAAAGGGCGAGAUGUCUACGUAACUUCUUUUUAUGACGAUGUGCUUUUAUUGUGACGAGCGAAGAAGUUCGACUUCCGCUUCAGGCCCCAGCAGUAUUACGAGUCGACCGACUCGUGCCCUCUAUCAUCACUUAUUUCGGCAAACUAACGAGGAUUCCCGCUGCCUUUUAUCUAUUUUUUCAUACACAGAACCUUUAUUUUUGACAUUAUCAUGUUCAAAUGCUCUUGUUUUGAAAAUCUGUAUGUGGUUGUGUGUAAAUGUGUUCUAGUUACUCUCUUUCGCUUUUGUCUGCGUGAGAACUCGGAAACAAAAGGACAGGUGUCUGCAAACACUGAAGCAUCUUUUUUUUUUUAAUUGAUUUCAACAAUGUUUUCAUAAAUCGGACAGCCUCUUCAGCCGAAAAAAAAUUGGAGUCGCUUAUUUCUAAAUUCCAACCCUCAUCUUUCAAAAUAAAUUAGAAGUUUGUCUUUUUUAGUCAAAGAGGUUUGUCUGAAUGAACGAAAAGGUUAAAUAAAGUGAACAAAAUGUUAAGAUGAUACAAUAAAUUCAUAAAUGAAACCAAAAAAUCCCAUUAUUUUGUUAAAAAAAGUGAAUUUAUUUUAAAACAACAAAAUAACUACAUUCAUGAAGCUCCAACAUUCUCAUGAUGAUCAAUUAUGACUUUAAUAAACGAAUAAAUGAGUUACUACCAUUAUAUGUUCAUUUUAAAAUAUUACAAAUAAUUGGAUGAAAAAAGUUGAAAAAUUAAGGUUGUUGAUUUAUUUUUAAUGAACAAAAUAAUUACUAAAAGAGUCACCGAUGGUGCGCCGCGGGUUCGAUUCCCGCUCACUGCCGGUGUCGAUACGUGCCUUGUGACCGGCUGUUGACCAGUUCAGGGUCGAGGGUGCCUUUUCCCCGAUACUUGCUGGGAUGGGCUCCGGCACUUCUGCCGCCCUUGUGAGGAUGAGCGGCUUGGAUGAUGGAAAAGAAUGGAAAAAGAAUAAAACCCCCGAAUUCCCAUUGCUUAUUUAUUAUAACACCCUAAAAAAAAAUUACAUUAGCAAAUCCAACAAAAUCUAAAAAUAAAUAAACAAAACCCACAAAUUCCAAUUAUGUUUCUUUUAAAAUCACAAUAAUUUAAGUAAAAAUAUAAACAAAUUCCCGUUUUAAAAUAUUAAAAUAAUAACACAAAUAACGCCCAUAAAUUUCCUUUAUAAUAUAAAUAUAAAUAAUGACAUAAACAAUGCCCACAAAUUCCCACUAUUCAUUUACUUUUAAAUAAAAUCAUUACAUAAAACUAAAUGCACAAAUUCCCUUUGACAUUUGUGUACACAGUGUGCAACAUAAGAGUAUUAAGGGUCUUACACCAUUAGUUAAAAGUGAUAUUUAAGUGUGUAUUGAAUCCUGACGUCAGUAUUUGUAUAAUUUACGAAAUCGCACAAAAACAAGCUUUCUCGAGACAUUACAUAUGUGUUGUACUACUAGUAUAUGGCCACAAGGGGGAGCUAUUUUACUGAGUGUUGGUGGCAUGAUAAGCUGAAGGCCUUCUUGGUGCCUUCCUUCAUUUUGCAUGAAGUUUAUGAACAGUAGUUGAGUUAAUAUCGUUUCUGAUUUUGCUUUCUGUCCUUUGAGAUUGUUACCCCUUUUAUUUCUGUCACAGACUAUUAAAAGUUUUGACACGCA